AGGGGAGUUCGUGCCCAGUCCGCUGCCGAUGAUGACGCAGUCGCAGUCGCCGCUGGCGCUGUCACGGCGCUUCUCGCGGCCGCAGACGGUGGGGAAGGCGGCGUGAGGGGAGGGGAGGGGCGCUAGCGGGCUGUGAGGAGGGUGAAGGUGGGAUCAGUGGUUGGCGGCGGCAGCGGCGGUUAGGGAAGUUGCUGCUCUGCACGCGUGCACAGCGUUGGAUGGGGACCCUGGUGGUUGGCGUGUUGGGCGGGCGCGCAGGGCUGGUAGCGAUGUGCCUGGCCAGGAAGGUGUGCGGUUGUUGUGGAUUCAUUAAUUCGAUGCCAUGAGGUAUGCUCUCGCUUGUUUUGAACUGACUGACGGUGAUGGGUUGCGACGCUGACUGGUCCCCGACGUACACCCCAUGCACCUGAUACUUGGGACUGCUCGUAUGAUUGGCUGACUAAAUGACCUGCGUGGGGGCCAUCCGGGCCUGGCUCUGCUUUGGACGUAGGGCGGGAUGACUGACGGGCUUCACCAGGGAUGUGUGAUUGGUUGCAACCUGCAUGUGCGGCAGUGGGGCAACGAGCGGGGUGCAAGCGUUGUGUCCGAAUGGGGCAGGGCUGGGAUAACCCACCCGCGAAGGUAUGAGGCUAGAAAUGCUUUGGAAGGCGGCGGUUUGUUUGUUGCUGGCUAGAGGCACAGGCGGAGGCGAGGUGAGAACGACCGCAAGGCCUGGAUAGAAAGGCGCGAAAAGCGUUUGACGAGCUUGCUGGGUUGUUGUCUAAGGACCUUUCAUGGUAGCUGGCUGCAACUGUGCGGCCAUCGUACACGGGGUGCUACAAAAAUCCCUGGCUUAGUAAUUGGGUUUUGUACGGCAGGACUGCCGCAAGGGCCUUGAUGUCUCAUCCUGUAUGCUUUUAGUGUUGCUGCUUCUCAAAUCCUACCAGUUACGUAUUAACAUACGGUAUGCAAGUUGCAACGCGUUAACGAGGCCCUAAUGAGCUGCUAGUAGGCGUUCAUACAGCUUAACGUAUCCUGCCGACGUACAAAUGGCAGAAAUAGGCACAGCGAACAGCUUGGUAGCGGAGCUCCUCGCAGGCGGCCGCGCAAAGGCGAACAAUGUCGUCAAGCUAUUGUCGCUUAUGGGUUCCUGUAAACAAGAGGCCGCCCUCAAAUCAGCGAUACAGGGCCUGAAGCAAUUCUUUGUGGCUGCUGGGCAGGAUGGACUGCUUGCGGAGGCCGCAGCCAGCGGCGCCAGCCGGCCCGCAAAGCGACAAAAGGUCGCCGCUGCUGCCGGCUCUGAAGCAGCUGCCGCGGCCCCCGCCCCCACCCCCUCCUCCGCAGCACCCUCCGACCCCGAGUCGCAGUACCGCGAGUGGCUGGGUCGGCAGUACGGCAGCUUCGUCAGCCAGCUGCUGGCCCUCAUCACCGGCUGGGCGCCCGCGGGCCCCGCACCGCAGCCCGCCCAGCAACAACAACCGCCCCCACCACAGCAGCCCCCCGCCCCCGCCCGCACCCUGAGCGCGGGUGUGCAGGUGGUGGCUGCCGCCGCGCUCAUGGAGUGUGUGCGCAGCGAGCUGGGCCCGGGGGUGUUCUCGGGGUCGCUGUACGGCAGGCUGCUGAGCGGAGUGCUGCUGAGCCCCGCGGUGCGCCCCGAGGUGUUUGCGCUGCUGUUCAGCCGCUACCUGGGCGCGGCGGACGUGAGGUACCACACGCUGGCGACGGUGCGGGCGCUGGCAGGGCGGUACGGCAGCGGCAAGGGGGCGGCGGCGGCGCAGGCGGCAGAGGAGGAGGAGGAGGAGGACGAGGAGGCGGG